UGUUUUUACCCCAAUAUAGGAAAGGGCCCGCGCCGCCGCCUUGGGCUACCCCGACCCCACCAACCCCAAUUUCGAGGCUACGUCCGAGAUGUACCACAAAACCCUCACUGAAUGUCUGCGACGAAUCAAAGCAUUCAAAGAUUUAGGAGAAGAAAAGAAGAUCGCCAUUAUGGUGGCAUCGCACAACGAAGAUACUGUACGUUUUGCCAUUGAAAAAAUGAAAGAAUUCGGAAUUGAACCUGAAGAUAAAGUGAUCUGUUUCGGUCAAUUACUGGCCAUGUGUGAUUAUAUCACGUUUCCUUUAGGUCAAUCCGGGUAUUCUGCUUACAAGUACAUACCAUAUGGUCCCGUAAACGAAGUUUUGCCCUAUUUGUCGCGGAGAGCCCACGAGAAUAAGGGCGUUUUGCAGAAAAUUAAGAAGGAGAAGAGGCUUCUUGGAAGUGAGAUUAUGAGGCGUGCGGUGACUGGGCAGUGGUGGUAUACACCAAAGGGAGACUACACCCCGGUUUAAAUGAGAUACGAAUUGGAGUACUUUUUUAUCGAGCCUCCCAGGGGUCUGAGUUAGAUAAGUAGUUGCAAAAAAAUUCAAAAGACAGUCCACCGGAUAAAAAGUCGCUUCUGUGUGGAAGAAUUUCGUCCAUAGGUAUAAGCAAAAGUCUGAUUUUAUUAAGGACAAUAGUUUAAGAGUAACAAGCUCGAUGAGGGCGAAAGUUUCACACAGAUCCGGAGUUUUUUAGCGCUUAGUAAUUAAUAAAUUUAGUUAGAUUUAUGAAAUUAUGUACAGAUGUUCAGUGUGUUUUAAAAAAUAAAAUUAACCAAAAAAAUACCGGGUGUUUGUCGGCGUGCUUGUGAUUAAAAUCGUUUCAAAAAUUUUAUUUGGAAGGAGGCGUCGAGUGGAAGGAAGAUAAAUGACGGUGAAUCUUAGUAAUUUAUUAGUUUGUUGAAAAAUUUGUAUCAUUUUUAUAGCCUGUGAUGAUAGUUUUUCUUGUUUUCAAUGUCCUAAAUCUGCCUUUGAGUAUUUUUUAAAUUGUUUAGUUUGGUGUGAUUGAAUAAAUUUAAUUGAAGUAAGAAGGUUGUCUGUUAUUUUUCUUUGUAAAUGUUUGUUGUAGGUCUAAGGAACGAGUCAAUUCUGUGUCCUUAUUAAACGUAAUGUUCUGACAAUAAGUACAAGAUUAAUAAAAGUUAUAAGUGUU